UCGCAGACCUCGAAGAAGAAGAAGGCACGGGCGGAGAAGGCUGCGGAGGAGAAGGAGCGCAGGGCGGCCGCCGAGGCGGCGGCUGCCGCCGAGGCGGCGGCUGCAGCCGAGGCGGCGGCGGCGGCCGCCGCGGAGAAGGCGGCCGCGCGGGAGGCCGCCGCGCGGGAAGCCGCCGCCCGGAGGGCGGAGACGGAAGCCCGCGUGGCCGCGGAGGCCGCCGCCCUGGCCGCCGCAGCCGCCGCCGCCCGGGAGCGGGACAGCGCGCGGGAGGCCCCGGCGGCGGCGGCGGCUGGGCAGCUCGCCGCUGGCCAGGUCUGCGAGGCCAGGUACGGCAACGGCUGGUUCCCUGCG